AUGACGGCCAAGGGCGGCGCCGCGCCGUCCCCCGGCGGCGCGGGUGGGCCCGCGGCGGGGAACGGCCGCUUCUUCACGGUGGGGCUAGUCACCGCCUGGUACUCCUCCAACAUCGGCGUGCUCCUGCUCAACAAGUACCUCCUCAGCAACUACGGCUUCAAGUACCCAAUCUUCCUCACCAUGUGCCACAUGUCCGCCUGCGCCCUGCUCUCCUACGCCGCCAUCGCCUGGCUGCGCGUCGUGCCCAUGCAGUUCGUGCGCUCCCGCGUCCAGCUCGCCAAGAUCGCCGCGCUCAGCCUCGUCUUCUGCGGCUCCGUCGUCUCCGGGAACGUCUCGCUCCGGUACCUCCCCGUCUCCUUCAACCAGGCGGUCGGCGCCACCACGCCCUUCUUCACCGCCGUCUUCGCCUACAUCAUGACCGUCAAGCGCGAGUCGUGGGUCACCUACCUCACCCUCGUGCCCGUCGUCACUGGAGUCAUCAUCGCCAGCGGCGUAAGUUACUGCCCUGUGCUCCGCCUCCGUCUCUGUUUUCUCAGUAGAUCUGUUGGAGUCGGGAUUGGAUCUGAGCGGAAUCCGGGUUUGGCUAGCUCGGAACUCGGGAGGAGUGGGAUGGAGCUGAAGACAACAGGUGGAUCUGUCAUCUAG